AUGGCUUCAACUCACCCAGAAGCUAAUGCCCAUGAAGAGAAUCAAGUGGCUGACGAUUUAGAGGUAGACCACGGGUAUGACACGGAGGACUCUGGCUUUGAGCAAGACUCUGUCUUGACACAAUCUGUUCGGUCGAGUAUACAUCAAUACAAGGUCGAAAAUGGCCGGACAUACCACGCAUAUAAAGAAGGCCAAUACUUCAUGCCUAAUGACUCGGCCGAGCACGAACGACUGGAAUUGCAACACCGUGCAAUGUUUCUCGCUGCUGGCGCCCAGCUUUUCUAUGCACCUGUCAGAGAGCUCCAGAAUGUCUUGGAUCUAGGCACCGGCAUUGGCACAUGGGCCAUUGAUGUGGCGGACGCGCACCCCGAGGCCAUAGUGACAGGUGUCGACUUGAGUCCUAUUCAACCCUCGCUCUCUCCGCCCAACACCAAGUGGGAGAUUGAUGAUGUCGAGGACGACUGGACAUGGCCGCCAGACCACUUCGAUCUAUCUACAGCUUUUAGACACUGCAGGCCGGGCGGUUACUUCGAGAUUCGCGACCAGGCCACAUACCUGCGGAGCGACCAUGCUCCAAUUAGUGAAGACAACGCCGUCGACGAGUGGUGUCGUCUCAUGCGACAAGGUAUCACCAGCAUGGGACGUAGGCUGGACCUAAACUUCGAGGAACUCGGUGAUCUGAUGCGAGAAGUGGGCUUCGUCGAUGUGGUCGUUCGGCCGUUCAAGAUCCCUAUCGGUCGAUGGCCGUCUGAUCCAAGGUUGAAGGAGGCUGGGCUAUUUCAACUGUACGCAAUGUUGGAGGGCGUUGAAGCACUCACUCUUGCCGUCUUCACGCGCUGUUUGGGUUGGGAGCCAGAACGGGUUCAAGUAUUCCUUGCUGAUGUGAGGAAAGAGUUUAAAGCGACGAAACGCUAUACGUACUGGCCAUGCGCCGUCAUCUAUGGCAAGAUGCCCGGACCUGUGCCUCAAUAA